UCGCGUCAGCCUGCGCGCCGAGGAGAGGGGGAGUUUCCCGGAGAGAUUCCAUUCGGAACGUUGAGUGUUCGCAAGUUCCAUCCGCGGAACGUCGGGGCUCCUCCUCGGGAACCGACGGCCCGCCAUGUGGCGGAGCAGCCGCUGCUUGCGGGCGCUGCUGAGGCUGAGGUCUUGGCAAGCCGCGGGAGGAGGAGGAAGCAGCGGGUUGCGUGAGGCGGCGGCGGCGGCGGCUCCCCGCGUUCCGUCGUGCGCGGGCUCGCUGGGGUUGCGGAGAUUCAGCGCGGCGGGCAGCUCGGAGCUGCGGGAUGCAGAGGUGGAGCACGGCUUGCAAGAAGACGGGGCAGCCGGGCAAGAGCAGCGCAUUGGCUCCGGUGCCGGAGAGGCCGCGGGUGCGUCUGGUAAGUAGCGCCGAAGCCCAAGGCAGGUGGGCCUUGAACAGCUGUAACCUCCUCGCGCGGUGGUGCAGGAUCGGGGAGCGAAAGGUCCCGGGGUUCAGCCCCUGCAAUCUCCAGGUAGAGCUCGGGAAGGAAACCUUGGAGCGCCGCUGUCUGUUCGUGGGGGCAUCGGUAGGUUGGAAGCACGGGUAGUUUUGGCGGUGCAAGCUGCUCUCCUAUGAUCAAGGGCCAGAACGACUGGCCGUCUGCAGGGGCAACCCUACUAAGCUUUUACACGUGCGAUGGGGACGGGCCCUCCUUUCAUAGAGUUGGAAGGGGACCCGAGGGACAUCUAGUCCAACCCCCUGCAGUGCAGGAGUUACAGCAUGCUGCUAUUGCCCUAAGAAGAGUUUGUAGAAACUGCAGUAUGGACUUUCUGCUGCAUCACGGAUGGAGAACAUGCAUGACCCUCCAGAUGCUGUUGAGCUCCAACCCCAUCAGCCCCAGUCCCAGCCCGUGGUCAGGCCUGAUGGGAGUUGUAGUCCGAAAAGAUCUGGAGGGACACUGUUCUAAAGCCUUUGGUAUCCACCCUGUUCGUGGAAGUGGUGGCUAUGUUCCAUUAAUACCCUUAGAGACUGUGCAUAUUUAAUUUUAUUUAUAGCAAUACACACACACACACACACACCCACCACAAGCUCAUUAAAAAAAUCAAGAUAAAUACAGUAAAUACAUCAAAGCAUGUAAUAUUUUCAAAUGUUCUCCCCAUAGCUAGUGCUGGAGGAGAGGCAGCUGGCCAACUGCUUCCAUACUUGUAGAGGAGCCAUUUCCAACCUGGUGCCCUCCAGACGUUGUGGACCACACCUCCUAAAAGCCCCAGCCAGUAAGGCCAAGGACAAGGGAUGAGUUCCUUGGCUGCUUUCCCCUCCCACCAGAGAGCAGAUCCAAAAGCAUCAUAGCUCACCAGACUUCGCUUUCAAAAAGUCCUCCUCUUCAGUGAGCUUUCAGAUCCUUGCAAGCUCAGUGCACAGGAGUUUACUGAGUUUUAGCUGACACCCCAAAGGCUACGUACCGUAUUUUUCGCCCUAUAGGACGCACUUUUUCCCCUCCAAAAAUGAAGGGGAAAUGUGUGUGCGUCCUAUGGGGCGAAUGGAGGCUUUCACUGAAGCCUGGAGAGCGAGAGGGGUCGGUGCGCACGACCCCUCUCGCUCUCCAUGCUUCAGGAAGCUCUCCGCAAGCCUUGGGAGCUCCGCGGUAGUUCCCGUCGGGCUCCCAAGGCUUGCAGAUAGCAGCCUGCAUCUCGAAGCCUGGGGCGCGCUGCACAGCAUGCCCCGGGCUUUGGCUCCCCAACCUGGUUUGGAGGCUGGCGGCGGGGAGAGGCGCGCUUCUCCCCGCCGCCAGCCCCACAAGCUCGGGGGACAGUGGGGAGGCGGAGCGUGCCUUCCCGCUGUCCCCCGACCUGGUUUGGGCUUCAGGCAGAUAUCUGCAAGCCGUGGGAGCCCGGCGGGAAGUCGCGCCGGUCUCCCAAGGCUUGCGGAGAGCUGCCUGUUCUGGGAGCUGGGAAAGCUCGGGCGAAAAAGACGGUAUAUUACCAGGACCUGUAGCUUGAUCCACACUAGGUUUAGCGCCAUUUCAUGAAAAGCUGCUUUCUGUCUAUUAAACCUCUGUUAGAAUAGAAGCAAGUCAACCCAGAUUUAUUUGAAGGAAAGAGGGUAUGAUGUGUACGUAACCUGGGACAUUGGUGUAACAAUGGAAGAGAAGGGACUGAGAGCAGGAGUGCAACUUGAGAGGGCAAAUUCCAUUCCAGAAUAAAAUUCAAACAAUUUGUAAUUUAAGCAAUCACAAGUUUCAAGGGGUGGCGGGAAAGUUUAAACUGUGAAACAAUAGCAUGUCUCUUGCUUACAGCCUGGGGUACUUUUGCUUACAGGCAAUGAGGAAUCUUGGUUGCUUAGUUUCAGUAGUGAACCGUCAACUGCUCUUGUUGGUAACACACAACACAUUGAGCUAAAUUGUAAAUAAAAUCUUUUGGGGAUUAUCCAUUAUUUGGGUAACCUCACUGAUUAUCUCAAUUAGUCCCUUCAGAAUAUUAAGCAGUUAACUCUUUCCAGAGAUUUCUACAUUUCCCCCCAGGAUUUGUUAUGCAGUUUGAAAGGAUAAGGCAGAUGUGCGUGGCUGCUUUUCUCUUCUUCAAAUGUGACUCAUUUAAAAGCACACUGGUGUCAAAUUUAAAAAUUGCCACAGAAUGGAAAUGGGUUGGAUUAUAAUUCAGUUUGAGUUUGGCAAACCAAAUACUGGAACGGCAUACAGUAUUCCAAAAUCCUACUCCAGAGUUAACAGAGGCACUCUUUGUAAACCAUAAUUUGCAAAUAAGGAACUAACCCCAGGAAUGCAUGCACCCCUUUCCUUCCUGCAAUCUUUUUUUCUUUUCCACACUGUUUCAUUUUUAUCAUUCUGUUGCCUCUUUCAGAUCAUGUCUCUUCAGUAUUCAGCAUUGACUACAUGGUAUCGCUUCUGAGACAAGAAAAUGCCAAGAACAUUUGUGUUAUUGAGUUGCCUCCAGAACUGAAAUACAGCCAUUAUUUUAUAAUUGUCAGCGGGACAUCUCCCAGGCACCUCCAUGCCAUGGCUCAGUACCUGGUCAAAAUGGUAAGUUAACUGCUCUGCACUCUUCUUAGCUUGGAGAAGCUUAUUAACAGGGAUGGCUGGGUGUAUACUUGCAAAUUUGCCCAUUAGGGCAAAAAUAGUAGAUUAAUAAAAUAUAAGGCACUGAGUAUACCAAAGAUUUCUGAAUUACAACGGAGAUAAAUUGGCUUCAACUAAGAGUGGGAUUCCAGGAAAAAAGGUGCCCCAACAGGAAAUUGGAGGAAUAUGGGAAAGGCUGGAGGAAAAGGCACGAUUUAUCCCAUAGAUGGGGGACCUCUGGCUCACCAUGUUGCUGGGCUGCAACUCCUUGCCAUUAGUGGCACUAUGCUGCUCUCAAAUAAUUACUUUUCAGGGCUAGCAGGGGAAUGGGACUCUGCUGACCAGGCAAGAGCUUUUUCCGCCUGCCUUUCCCCACCCUCCAGCCUUCAUAAGGGAGCAGUUUCCAGAGGAGCUGGGAGAGGAAUGGGCCUCUAUGGUGGCCACCAGUGAAGAGCUUGUUCCACCUGUCUUUACCUAUCCUCCAACGCUCGGAGCUUUCAGAAGGAAGUUGCUACCAUGGCCAUUCUGUGAAUGUGUUUUGAUGUAGUCUUCUGCUCAGUUCAGGUCAUGGGGGCGGCGAGCGUGUGUGUGAAUUCAGCAGUGCUUGUUUUGUUUUUGCUUGUUAACGUUGUUAAUAUUUUGUGGAUUGAGUGUUGUGUAAUGCUUUGCAAAUUUUACAACGUGACUUUUUGUGUGGUUGUGCUGUUUAAUCUAUUUUUUAUGUUUUGUUAAUAGUGUUUUGUAGAAGGUAGUUGUUUUAUUGAUUAUUUAAUGUAAUUUAUGUUGCAGCUGUGAUGUUCUACUAUGUUAUUAUUUAUUGUAUGUAUGCCACUUUGUGACUUGUAAGAGUGAAAUAUAAUAUAUGAAAUGAAAUGGCAGAAACCUAAUAACCUAAUAAAAUAAAAUAAAUGAUACUUUUUAUUAUUGUUACCCCAGCCACUCUAGGUGGCUUACAGCAUAUAUAAAAACAUAGUAAAACAUCAAACAUUAAAACAAUUAUUAAAACAUGAAUUGUGACAUAGGUUUCAUUUACUGCCAAUGUUGUAUGAGGGCGAUGUAUAGCAUAACACACUUGUGAGUGGCAGCAACCAUUUAAUGGGUUUAAUAACUACUGAUCUCUUGCCCAUGAAUGUGACUUUUUACACUGACUUGUUUUCUGUUUCAGUACAAGCAUUUGAGGACAGACUGGGACCCCCAUGUUGUAAUUGAAGGGAAAGAUAGCGAAGACUGGAUUUGCAUAGAUUUUGGUAAAUCAUUUUGUUUCUAGUAAUGAAGAGUCAGUCUGGAGCUUGAGAACGUCCUGGGUAUAACUACAAACUAUCAAAACACAUUUGGAUAGAAGUGGCUUCUUGCACCCAAACAUACAGUGGUGCAUGUUCUUGCAUAAUUGUGCAGUGGUGCAUAAUUUGUUAACACAGGUAUUCAUAUCCUGCUUUCUAGCCCUAAAGAAGGCAUGUGCCAGUUUGGCAAGUUGUUCUGGCUUGGAUUCCAAGAACUUAAAUUCUGGUGCUGUAGCAGUGAACUACAUUGCAGGAUUGUUGUAUACUACGCUCUCAACCCAGCUGCCAAUGUGGGGCUGAAAACGUUGUUUCAGCUCAGUGCCCAGUAGUAUUCACUUUUCUUCUACAUUUCCUUCCAAGCUGCAUUGCCACAGACAUACUACGUAAGCAUGAUAACUUCCCCUGAAGAUCAGAAAUAAAUUGGUUUACUUUAAUGAGAAUUAAAGCAUUAAAAUGCCUUUUCAGUAGGAGGGAAAAGUCUGUUUCCUGCCCUUAUUUAAGGGGAAAUGAAAGUGGGUGGCUUGAUUCAAUUUUAAACUAUAGUUUGGAACUGUAGAGGAAGAGGAAGCUGUGGCAGGCUUCAGGUUCUUACACUCCCCUCUUCCCAUUCCACCAGUCCUUGUGUGUUCAUAGACUGGAAGCAGGCCAGUGUUGAGAGCUGGCAUGGUCAGGCACCUGCCAAGGGCUCACAUGCUUGCAGAGGGGCCGUUGACAAUAACCUGCUGGAUUUGUUCAUUACAACCACCAACCAGGUCCAUGGGAGCAGGGAUGAGCAAGCAAGUAACUGGGGGAGGAAUACCAAUAGCUGCCACUUUUGACAAUAAGUUUCCUCUUAGCUUAUGGACUAAACUGCUUUAAAUUAAGUAAAAUGGUUCUCGAGUUUACAUGUAACAGGAAAUUGUGAUUUGGUUAAGUGGAAGCCUUUACAUUGCUCUUCUCGUGUGCAAAAAAGGGCAGGGAAAAGGGAGUGCUAACAUCAGUUCACCCCCAAUUACAGCGAGCCUGUGAGAUGCUUAGCUGGUGGGUUGAUUAGAAGUUUUAGUGGGGGUAUGUCCAACUCAAAACACACUUAUCUGUAGGACAACCGUAUAGACCAAAUUCACUGUUGCUUACUGUGACACUUCUCAUUCUCACAGGUAAUAUUGUGAUCCAUUUCAUGUUGCCAGAGACACGCGAAAUCUAUGAACUGGAAAAGCUGUGGACGCUCCGAUCUUACGAUGAUCAGUUGGCACAGAUACUGCCAGAAUCCUUGCCUGACGAUUUCAUAAUUGGGUUAACUCCUGAACAGCAGUGAUUGGCCUCCCAAGUAGGGGAAAGAACAGGUCUGCAUGAAAUACACCGCACAGCUGAGACUUGGGUGUCAGUUCUUGGGAAAUGCAGCAGGAAGAGAGGACAGAAGCCUCAAUCGGAGACCUUGGUGGCAAACAGAAUCAUACAGAAUACUCCUCAAGUGAAUUCGUGGCAUAUAAAAAAGGAAACUUGGUUUAUGUAUUGCAAAAAGCAUAUGUUGUGGGUAUAAACCAGAGAUUGACUUCUGAGAGCCUAGUCAUAAUUCCCCACCCCACCCCCGAAUCUGGGUCUUUCUUACCAGUAGCUGCUGGUGGAACAAAAGUUGGUUGCAGUACUACAUUAUUGGCAACAGGUGAAAGUCUGUCUGAAAGGUAUUUUGGUUAGUAAUUUAGCCCAAAGUGGAAGGAAUACAUUCAUUCUAAAAUGGUUUCUGAGUUUUAUUCAUUAACCUGGGCACAUGUUGCCUAUUGCUAUAGGUCAGGCAUCGGCAAACUUGGCCCUCCAGAUGUUUUGAGACGGCAAUUCCCAUCAUCCCUGACUACUGGUCCUGUUAGAUAGGGGUGAUGGGAGUUGUAGUCCCAAAACAUAUGGAGGACUGAGUUUGCCUAUGCCUGCUAUAGGUGCUCCUAUAACAUCAGCUUGGGGGUAAUGGUUGGCUGAUCCAUUUUCCUUUUCCAGAGGUUUAUAAGAGCAAACGGGAGCAGCCACAAGGGCCAUUUGGAUUUUGGUGCAGACCAUUCUAAUAGGCCCAGCAGAGUUUAGAAAGCUCAGUAGGCCUACUACCACGUAGCCAUCUGUCCGCAACAACAGAACUGCUUUGAGUUGUCCUACUCACCAACCGCCGCCAUCCCAUUCAACAGCCACCCAGAGCUGUACGAGUGUCGCCUUGUUGUUACACAAACCACAAAAGUGAGCCAUGUCUAACGGAACUGUCUCAACAUGAAUGUUGGAAGUACUACGACAAACCCAAGUUUAGGGAACUCAAAGGUCAAGCCAACUAAUUUAGGCAGAAAGGUUGUUGUGUGCUAGAUGGCUAGUGGCCCAAGUGUGAUUAUCCUAGCCCAGGCAUCCCCAACCUUUGGCCCUCCAGAUGUUUUUGACUACAAUUCCCAACAUCCCUGACCACUGGUCCUGUUAGCUAGGGAUCAUGGGAGUUGUAUGCCAAAACAUAUAGAGGGCCGCAGGUUGGGGAUGCCUGUCGUAGCCAGUAUGAGUACAGGCUUUCAGACUAACAUAAGGGCUAGUUUCCUCCUCUGCCAUCACUUUAAAUGGAAAUGUGGGAAAUUCAAGAAAGCAUAAAUGCUUCUAUAUUUUGAAUAUAAGCAGUAUAUACAAUAGAUGAAACAAAUUAAAGGUAACUUGGAAGAAAACAUUCUAGGAUAGUGAAUUUAAAUUCAUGAUGAAUAAAGGCUUGUUUGAAAGAGCAGACAACCGGUUUUGAGCAAUAAAACCUUCCUUCAUUUCAUCUAUGGCAGGAAGGAAGAAUGAACUGAUCUAAUGUCACAAAGUUGCUACAAAUACAACUUAGAUUUAUUGCUUUCUCUGCACAGAAGAACUAACUUCCAGGCACACUGGUGAAGUCCUCCAUUCUGUUCUAGAAAAAUGUGGCAAACAUUAAUUUCAUUAAAACAGUCAAAAGAAAUGGUUUUUGAACACCACUAUUAUUGCAUGCAAGUGAAAUAACUGUCACAAGAAAAAGCGCUCAUAAGGCAAUUGGAACUUUAAAAUGGAAGUUGAGUUCUUGACAACUAAAGCUUGCACCCAAUGUAACCUUUCCUUCCAUCUCAGCACUAUGAUGGCUAGGACUCCCCCACCCCACCCCAACACCUGUAUUUGCAUGCGUAAAUGUGUAUUUGGCAAUGUGUACCACUGGCAUGUAACCCAUGGAGGGUUAAGGCAACACUUGGAAGUGGUCCUUAGGUAGCCACCACUACCCAAGAGUGUGGACCCUUAGACUAUAGAGUGCGGACCCUAAAGUGGCAUUUGGGUGGGUGGGUGUCAUUCUCCAUUCUAGCUUUUUAAAGGAUCACUAACUCAAAAACCAGUAUGCAGCAACAUGCAGCCAUAUUGCAAUAGUUCUGUCCUCUCAUUACUGGUUUGCAUGUUUCUGUUCAUUAAACAUUUGAAAUACAUCAAUUUAAUGCUUUGAAAUAUUUUACUUUGUCAUGAGAGAAUGGGUCCUGUUCUCUCCCCCCUCUGAUUUCUACCAUUGGACUGGGGAUUUUGUUUUUCAUUUCUACACCAUUGCUGCUGUCGGCUAAGUGCAAGUUGUCCCUGCAUUGGAUACUUUACACACUACUUUCAAGGAAGUGCAAGGUGUGCUGUAAAUUAUCUUUCAGAGAAAUGUAACAUUAGGAGAGAGUUAAAAGCAAGCAAGCAUUUGACAGCCUUACUUUAUAUCUUGUUAAUGAGGUGGCACAUGGUAUGAAACAAGUUUACAUUGGGAUAGAACUACCAUUGUCUUCUAGAUGUUGACAUGCUAUUGGUCUAUAUAAUUGCAUUCUGAUGCUUGACACUUAUUUGAACAGUGGCACUUAGCAUAUAAAUUUGGCGUUUGUUCUUUUUACUGCCCCACAGCACACUGAUGACUGCAGAAACCCUAUGCAUGCAAGUAAAUUGCAGCUGUCUCCAUGUGCACCAUUAUACUGCAUCUCAUUGGCCAUUAAAAAUCAGUUCCUUCUUGUCAUAGGCCACUGGAAGAGGACUCAUCCCCAUUAUCUUACGACUGCUAAGUUUUAAGCUUAUAUUGAAGGUCUUGUACAUGGAGAGUAUUGGGUUGAUGGGCAGUUUAAGCUGCUUUCUUCAAGUCCAAAUCCCCUAAGCAAAUUUCAGAAGCUUGCAGUUAUUCAGUGUUAACCAAGGUAGGCAAGGAUGCCAUAACACAGAACAACCAGUGCCUUCUCUGUAAGGUUGCAAAAUAAGGCUAAGAUCUCAUUUCAACAACAAAUCAUUUAACUGCCAUGUUGUGGAAGAAGGGAACACAAAAGCAGUCACAUAUGUCUGAUAAUAGGAGUUAAACUCUUUAUUCCAUUCAGAGGCAUCUGGCAAGUGAAGCUGCAUUGGGGGCACAUUACAGAGGAGAAAUGAUCAAUACUUUUGUGAAUACUGAAGUCAUUUACAGAAUCACUUCCUACCUAUCUCCAAGUACUCCAAAUUACCAAGUCUCAAUUGAAAGUAAAAGACAUGAUUUUACCAUUCUAAAGCCUAGAAGUUUAAGAAAAAUUACAAUAUUUAAACCAGCAGAUGUAAAUGCAGCACUUAUUUUGCAAAAUAAAACUGUUAUGGAAAACAAGUCAAUCUUUCCCCAAUAUUAAGAAAAGGAUAUUGAAUUCAGACAACAAACAUUCACACUAUGACCUUCUCUCAAUUCUUCAGUAAUUGUAAAUUCAUUGUAAGAAAAGUCUCCUAAAGAUUAGGUUAAGUACUGUCCAAAAUAGAAAAGAAACUUUCAUUUUUCCCUUCUGCUAAACUACAACAAAGAUUUGUGGUUUUUAAACCAAUUAGUAAAGAAAAGAUCCAGUAAAAAAAAAAGAGAGAGAGAUCAUUUUUCAAAAGUUAUCUAACCUGCACAACAACGAUCUUUGGGAAAAUGAUCUAUUCUAUGAAGAAAUGCCUCUAUUUUAAUAUCAAUCUAAGAGGUAGAUCAACAAAAUGGUGAAACAAACUUUUUUUGUUGUUUUUGCUAAUUGUGCCCCUCAAAUCAGUGCAGCGUAGCAGUUCCAAUCCUCUCAUGCACAGAAACAUCACAAACAAAAGGGUCCGAGGUAAUAGCAAGGCUCGUGUACACGGGCAGGCGCGUACGCACACAGCAGUCUUUAUGCACCAUGUGUUGCCACAUUGUUAAAACUGAGGUAGACUGAAGUUUAUUGUAGAAACUCGAAUGCAUAUUACCACAAUCAUGAUUCAAAUUACAUUCUGAAAUUAAAAAUAAAAAUAAAUUUGGUAAAUUUCCUGCGAUCCCUGCCUUUUGAUAAGUUUUCUUCCUCCUUUUUUGUGGUCAGUUGCAGAAUGUGCAUAAAUCUUGCUGUUAUCUUAUUUC